UAUAUAUAUAUAUAUAUAUAUAAGAGAGAGAGAGUGUGAGAGAGUGGAAGACAAUACAUUUGGGAAUCCGAUGGUUUAUCGGCGUUGAUUAAAUCUAGUUAUCUGAGUUGAUUGAAUUGAUCUACUCCGGAUCUAUUUUCUCUCUUUAUUUUUUCCUAUUCUUUACUCUCUUUCUCCAUUCUCCAUUCUCUUCAACGCGCCAUUAUUCAAACUCUUACUUUUUCUUUUUCUUUCUUCCCCUCCUCUACCACAAACAGUAUCUUACUGUGCUAAAUUGUUGUGGUCAACUUGAAUCGUAAUAGUGCUGUCACUAGCUUCUCUUUUGCCUCUUCAAACAGACUGAGAACCUACCUACCUACCUACCUACCUUUUACCCUCAAACCUCCCGCCUUUUCCUCCUCUCCGCUGUCUCCGUCGUUCCUCUCGCCCCCCUCGUUCCAAACAAAGAGUCCGUCAGGGCCCUUUUCCUCUCCCAAUGCUCUUCUCCUGUUCGCUCCCAUCGAAUCACGAUGGCCACCAUCGAGCCACGACUAAUUCAUCUGCUGAACGAAUCGACUGCUACGCCACGGCCGCACCAUGCUGAGCUCCCGCCCAUCAAAGUCCUCCCCCUUCCUAAGACUUCCGGCCGUCUACAUCCUAUAGAACCCGAUGCUAGCCAGAGGUCCGAGGUGCCGGACACGAACCUGGGCCAAUUGGCCUCACAGUCCAUGCCCUCCUUAUAUUCGAUGGUGGACGAUACCUCCAAUGUCACGAGUUCCGCACUGAGGAAUGAUGCUGUAUACCCGACGGACCGAACAUUACUUAGCCACAUCUCGUCUCAGGAUUUGCGCAUGAUACUGGACGAUACGCCAGACAAUGUCGAAGACCUCGGAAAGAAGAGACGUCCGGUCAAAGAGGACUUUGUGCAACUACCACAGCCGCUCAAGAAACAAAAGGCAACGACUCAACAACACAUGUUUCCUCCAAUCAUUGUGGGGUUGCUUGAGCCACCAUCCGACGCCUCUCUAUUCCCACCAAUCUCCUCUGGCUCCUUCGAUAAUCGCCCGCAUUCCGAACCUCCGCAGUCCCUCAGCAUCGCCAAACCGUCAGAGUCAUCGGAGCCUCCUGAAGAGCAAACAAACCCGAGCCCUCCCCCCGAGCCCGAGCGUACGCCAACGGGCAAGGUCAAACGACGAGCUGCUAAGCCACGGCGUAAGUGGUCCGAGGAAGAAACCAACCACCUGCUGCUCGGUGUAAGCAAACAUGGAGUCGGGAGAUGGACAGACAUAUUGGACGAUCCGGAAUAUAAAUUUAAUGAAAGGACAGCUGGGGACCUAAAGGAUAGGUUUCGGACUUGCUGUCCUGAAGAACUUCGUGGCAGUCCCGCGGCUAGAGGUAGUGCAUCCAGAGAAUUGCCACCAGCCACGAGGACCCGAGGAAGACCAGGAAAAGGCCUCAUGUCUGAAAAUAUCUUAAACGAGACCGAGGAGGAGGUCGAACUUGAGCAGACCCAGUCAGCUCAGAACGAUUCCGACCCCACGCCAUCGAGGCAACGCAAGAGCCGAGCUCAUCGCAAAAAGAUGGAGGACCUGGCCGAGCUCGGAAUCAGGGGGCCGUUCAAAAAGUCGCACCGUAGGGAGCGGCGUCCGUUCUCCGAACAGGAUGACAGAGAAAUAUUGGAAGGAUUUGAGAUGUACGGCCCUCAGUGGACCAAGAUCCAGAGGGAUCCGAGAUUCAACCUUUCUACCAGACAGCCUACAGAUUUACGUGAUAGGCUACGGAACAAGUACCCCGAAAGAUUUGCGGGUACGGAGAAAACCACGAUGCAGGUUAGGGAACCCGGGCGGGGCAACAAUCUGCUCGAACCGUCGGUCAAUAUGGCGAUUGAAAAUUCGCUCCACGUUUCCAAGUCGGCUCUACUGGAGCCUCAACUCAACCGAAGCAACUCCAAAGAAGAUAUGCCCAAGUGGCCCCUAUCUUCGAGUCUCAUCGAACCCGGCGAAUCGUCCCAGCAGUCUCACUCGAGUAUCUACUGGAAUGAGGGCUCCGGAGCAGGGUUUACUUCAGGUGCAAUAGGAGAGAUGGACAUAUCGCGCCUUCUACUCGAUGAUACGCAAAUCACUAAUGAUCCACCCCAGGAAAGACGGGGUUUGGGAUAAAUUUGCUUUGAUAUAGGCCUAUGUAUACCUACUAGGUACGUUUUUUUUGAUAUCAGCUCAUAUCUGAUGUACGGAGUCGAUUUUUUUACUAUGGCUCGAACCCUGAAUGAUACGCCAUUGGCGUACGGGACGGUGGACGCUAGUCGAUUUUCUGCUACUAUUU